AUGGACUCCUCUCAAGCACGCCACAUGGGGCGUGUGGGAGGGCACAGAAUGAUGGCACUCCUGCUGGCUGGCCUUCUCCUGCCAGGGACCUUGUCUAAGAGCAUUGGGAACUCAGGAUCCUUUAAGGACGCCUCUCGAAUCAUCAACCCCAAUGACCCUUCUCUCAAUGGGGGCUCCAAUAGCAUCUAUAGCCAUGGAGGUGCUAGCAGUUCCAGUUCCAGUUCCAGUGGUGGUACCGGUGCUGGUGCUGGCUCUGGUGGUUCCAGCGGAUCCAGCAUCUCCCAGGGUGGUUUUUCAGGAUCUUCCUCAUAUAAACCGGGAAUGGUGUAUUCCCAAAGCAGCUCCUCUGGAUCUGGCUCUAGUCUACAAGGUGCAUCUGGUUCCUCCCACAGCCAGUCUGGAAGCAGUGGCUCCCACUCUGGAAGCAGCGGUUCUCACUCGUUAAGCAGCAGCUCUCACUCCUCCGGAGGCAGCAGUUCUCAGUCAGGGUCUGGCUCAGCUCUACCAGUUGACAAUGGUUCUUCCCGCCAAGUAAUAAGCUCUUCUCAAUCUGGAGGAAGUUCAAGCUCUUCUGUUUCCCAAACCUCUUGGAUGACCAGCAGCAGUGGCCAAAAGGUCAAUUCUAACCAGCCCCCGUGUAGUUCAAAUGUCCCCGACUCUCCCUGCAGUGGGGGUACCAUUGUCUCACACUCUGGCUCCUACAUCUCUAACUCCCAUUCAGUGUCGGGGGGUAAAAGGCCAAUAGUGGUGGUAGUGGAGCAGCAUGGUUCUGGUGGCCCUGGAGGGGUUCAAGUUGGUCCCUGCAAUGUUCUUCAGGGCAAGCCCUGUCCCCCCAUCACUUCCAUAGACCAAUCAUAUGGCGGCUAUGAGGUGGUGGGUGGUUCCUCUGACAAUUACCUGGCUCCAGGUAUGACCUAUAGUAAGGGCAAAAUCUAUCCAGUGGGUUACUUCACCAAAGAGAACCCUGUCAGAGGCUCUCUGGGGAAACCCACAUUUGCAGCUGGGCCACCCAUCUCUGAAGGCAAAUACUUCUCUAGCAAUCCCAUUGUUCCAAGCCAUAGCUCUUCUGGUUCUAGUAUCUAUCAGUCAGGACCCUCCUCAGUCAUUGUGUUUCAGCCAGUGGGUUCUGGUGGGGUCCAGCCUUGCAGAGGAAGUUCUAAGGGUCCCUGCAACCUCUCUAGCUCUGGUAGCCAUAGCAGUUCUAGUAUUUCCGUCAGUUCUGGUUCAUCCUCUCAUCCCUGUGGUGGGGUUUCCCAGGGACCCUGCUCCUCGCCAGGCACAGGCUCCAUCAGUAGCAGCUCCAGCUCCCAGUCGAGUGGAAAAAUUGUCCUUCAACCCUGUGGCAGCAAGUCCAUCUCCUCAAGUAACCCAUGCGCUUCUGUCUCCUCCUCCACCUUGAGUGGUGGCCCUGAUGGCAAUCCCCAGCCUGAUCCUUCAGCUGGUGCUAGGCCCUGUGGCUCUGGAAACUCUGCAAAGUUUCCCUGCCGCUCCAUCCGCAACAUCCUGAAUGAACUAAAGCCUUUGGGCCCUCAGCUAGUUGAUCCUGCAGUUUUCCUACCCAAGGAAGAGUCACCUAACAGUUCGUAA